AUGGCAGUGGGGAUCGUAGCUGGCCUCACAGGCUCAGACGAGGGUCUUAGCAAACUGCUACCAGAGGCUGACGUCAUCGCUGCUGCCCUGCUGCCGCUGCUCUCAGCCAAUAAGGAAAUCUCCCUGCCAUCCGCCCAAGCCCUUGUGAAUCUAUCACAGCACGAAGUGGCAGCAAGGGCUGUGAUUAAAGCGAGGGGCGUGGAGACAGCAGGGGGGAUGGCUGUGGGGCGGGGGGGAGCAGCAGGGGGAGGCGGAGGGGGGAAGGGGAAGAAUGCGGGGUUGAUGGUGAUGCUGCUGGCAAAUCUGACUCAGCUGGACGAAGGAGCAGAGAAGCUUCUUGAGCCCAGUGGGUCCGUGCCUCUCCUUGCCUCCCUCACAAGGCGAUUCGCAACGAGUGCUGACCGGGAGGAGGGGCAGGAGGAGGACGACUAUGAGCACGUGGCCACCAUUCUAGUCAACGCCACUCGCCUGGAAGCAGCCAGGAAGCUGCUUUUGGAUCCGGAAAAGAAGCUUCUAAGACAGAUCCUGCCGCAAACCUCGUCUUCAAACCGAAUUCGCAGCCAAGGGGCCAUGGCAACGGUCAGAAACUGCUGUUUCGACGCUAGCUCUGGAGCCCUGCCCUCGCUGCUGCUCCUUGCUGACCUGCUCUGGCCGUCGCUGCUGCUUCCAUUGGCCGGGACGAGAGUAUACAGCAAGGAGGACAGGGACCAAAUGCCGCCGGAGCUUGCCGUACCACUGUCCAUGGAGCGACCCCCUGUGGCCGACGCCAAGCUCCGGGCCGACGCUGCUGAUGCGCUCUUUCUCAUCGCAUCUGAGGAGGCAGGCAGAAAAGCUCUGUGGUCCGUGCACGGUGCGAGAAUACUCCAGGUGAGGUGA